GGCCGGAGCCACGCCUUCUCGGCGCGCGGCCUUGGAUACCUGGCGGCCUCUGGCCUCAGGUAAGGAGAGGUCGGGUUGUACGGGCCGCCAGGUCGUUGGGCUGGCUGGAGAUGAUGAUGGCCUCGCCAUGCCGCUCUGGAGACCCCUAGGCCAACCUUGUGGGAAUCCCGAGGUAACCAUGGAGAAGGAGCUGAGGAGUACCAUUCUUUUCAAUGCAUACAAAAAGGAGGUGUUUACCACCAACACUGGCUACAAAUCUUUGCAGAAAAGACUUCGGAGUAAUUGGAAGAUUCAGAGCUUAAAAGAUGAAAUCACUUCUGAGAAGUUAAUUGGGGUGAAACUAUGGAUCACAGCUGGACCAAGGGAAAAGUUUACUGCUGCAGAGUUUGAAGUCCUGAAGAAGUACCUUGACAGUGGUGGGGACAUCCUUGUGAUGCUGGGAGAAGGGGGAGAAUCCAGAUUUGAUACCAAUAUUAACUUCCUUCUAGAAGAAUAUGGAAUCAUGGUUAAUAAUGAUGCUGUGGUUAGAAAUGUGUAUUACAAGUAUUUCCAUCCUAAGGAAGCUCUGGUUUCAGACGGAGUGUUGAACAGAGAGAUUAGCCGAGCUGCAGGGAAGGCUGUGCCUGGAGUCAUUGAUGAAGAGAACAGUGGAAACAAUGCCCAGGCUCUCACCUUUGUCUACCCUUAUGGUGCCACAUUGAGCGUCAUGAAACCAGCAGUGGCUGUUCUGUCCACAGGCUCUGUCUGCUUCCCACUGAACAGGCCCAUUCUGGCUUUCUAUCACUCAAAGAACCAAGGUUUUGGAAAGCUGGCAGUGCUGGGCUCGUGUCAUAUGUUCAGUGACCAAUAUUUAGAUAAAGAAGAAAAUAGCAAAAUUAUGGACGUUGUGUUCCAGUGGCUCACAACAGGAGACAUCCACCUAAACCAGAUUGAUGCUGAGGACCCAGAGAUUUCCGACUACACGAUGGUGCCAGACACAGCCACCCUUUCAGAGCAGCUCCGAGUGUGUCUCCAGGAAGGCGAUGAGAACCCCCGUGACUUUACCACCCUCUUUGACCUGUCCAUUUACCAGCUGGACACCACCUGCCUCCCCAAGGUCAUCAAGGCUCACGAGGAACUAAAUGUGAAGCAUGAACCACUGCAGCUCGUCCAACCUCAGUUUGAGAUGCCGCUGCCAGCCCUUCAGCCUGCGGUCUUCCCUCCAAGUUUCCGGGAGCUGCCACCCCCUCCCCUGGAGCUGUUUGACCUAGAUGAAACAUUCUCUUCUGAGAAGGCACGCCUUGCUCAGAUCACCAACAAGUGUACUGAUGAAGACCUGGAAUUCUAUGUCAGGAAGUGUGGUGACAUUCUUGGAGUAACAAGCAAACUUCCAAAAGAUCAACAGGAUGCCAAACAUAUCCUUGAGCACAUCUUCUUCCAAGUGGUGGAGUUCAAGAAACUGAACCAGGAGGCCCACUGAGGUGGCAGCCCUUCAGGUGAUGUUACCCACUGUUGGCAACCUUCAUUAGUUCUUCAGUGCUUACUAAGUGUCUCCCAGAUGAGCAACAGAUGAUGAUCCCUUCGAGAAUAGAACUCCUGUUCUAGCUGGAGGGUCCCAACAAACAGUACCAAAAUAUGUAAGCAAACACUUAGAUACCAGGUAAGUGCCCUGGUAUAGAAACAAUAGAGCCAGGCCGGAGGGAUCUAGUGUGCCAGCAUUCAGCAGAGUGAGCAGAGCUGGCUCAGAGUCUGCUGUGCUGUCUGUGUCAGAGCCUUCAACAGCACUUGUGUGACACGUGGUUGCUGUCUGUGGUCGUGAGCAGAGUCCGUCCUGGAGUGUGAGAACUUCAUCCUGGGCUUAGAAUCAGCCUUCAGGCCGGCUAACCCCACUUGUCCAGCUAACGGUGAUUCUGAAUGUCGAAUUAAUGUUCCAAAUACCAAAGAGUUCCUAUUUCAGGCUCGGACCUGAAAUAAAAUGAAAUUCUGUUUCCUGUCUCAUCCUGGAACGUGACGUUGAUGUGGCUGAAGUGACAUUCCAGAACUUCCGAGGACUAUAGAGCAGCUUCUGCCCGCCGAGCUCUGUGCUUCUGAAUUCUUCUCACGAAAGUAUCUGUACUUGGUUUUCUCUAACGCUGUGGAUGGUUUGCCCAUCCUCUGUAGUGCCAGAUGGAAGAGAUGAUUCAUUUGCUUAAAUUAAAUCUGUGAUUGAACUUUUGUAAUUUAUAAAA